AUGGGGUCCCCGGGCAUAGUGCUGGUCCUCCUGGUGCAGCUCCGGGGUGAGUACUUGACUGUCAGCUCCAUGAGGCAGAGCAAGUCUCACACUCACACACGUACUGAAAAAGGGCUCACUCACCUCUUCUGUUCCCCAGCCCUGCAAGGAGCCACCGGCCUGAGUGUGCAGCAGGCACCCAAGGUGCUGCAGGUGAGUCAGGACAGCCGAGUGACCUUGGCCUGCCAGGUGGUACAGGCCCCGGCCUGGGAGCGGCUCCAUAUCGAGUGGACCAAGGACGGAGACACUCUGUGCCAGACACACAUCACCAACAGCAGUCUCAGUGUGGGGGUGUGUGGGCCCUGGGGACGGCUCUCCUGGUGGCCACCUGGCCACCUCACCCUGCAGCUGGACCGUGUAGGCCUCAAUGACAGCGGGUCCUACGUGUGCUGGGUGACCAUGGAGAUCCCCGAGUUGGAGGAGGCCCAGGGCAACGGGACGCAGCUCCUAGUGGAGGAAGCAGACGGCUCGCCGCUGAACCUGGACCAGAGCUUCUCAGGUGAGCUCCGCCCACGUGUCCCUCCUCUAGCCCCGCCCCCCGUCGGACCACCCACAACCUUCCCCUCCCUCCAAGGGCUCUUCCUCGCGCUGCUGGUGACGGGGGCUGUGGCUGUGGCCGCUUUCGCUCUGGGCGCCUGGAUCUGGGGCCGCCGCCGCCGCCGCCGGCACACGGACGCAGGGAAUCCAGUCUACAGCAACGUCCUAUACCGGCCCCGGAAGACCCCCCAAAAGAGUGAGGCAUGGUCUGUGGAGGGGAAGGUGCUGGACAUCCCCAGGGAGGAUGAGAAUAGCCAAAGCUUCUAUCUGAUCUCUUUUCCCCAGCCCCCCACCCCCAAGCGGCAUCUAGCUCCCAAAUCCUGCCCCAGGCCCAGGCCCAGUCCCCCCAUCUCUACAGUCAGAGUCUCUCCUGGCCCAGGCUCCUCUGGGCAGCCAAGGCCAAGAGCAUUCCCGGGAGUGGGAAGGGGAAUCAGAACCCCUAGACCCAGAGAGGAUCCCCCAGCAGCUGUGACUGAUUCCAAGGGGAUCAGGGAGUCCAGUAGCCCAGCCUGAGACCCCCAUCCUUAUCUCUGUGAGGCUGGACCUCUCC